AUGCGCUUCCUGUUGCUUUUGGCCGCUGCAUCCGCCGCCUUGCUGGCCUUCGAGCCCGCUCCCUUCGACGUCCACGAGGCCCUGGCCCAGCGUGGCGUGCAGCUUGAUCAGGCACAGCUUGCGGCUGAAGCUCCCGCUGCAGAUGACACUGCCGCCGCCUGCGAAGUGGCCUGCUCCACGCUCGCUUUCCUCUACAAGGACGCCGUCGCCAGCCGUUACACGCCCGCCUACACAAACCAUCAGCACGCCUAUUGGUCCCUCCAGCAGGCCACCGCCGAGCCCUACUGUAUCUUUUGGCCCACCCACGCCUUUCAGGUCUCGACGACCAUCUUGCUGUCGCGCCUCACCCGCUGCCCCUUCGCUGUCAAGAGCGGCGGCCACGCCGCCUUUGCCGGCGCCUCCAGCAUCCAAGGCGGCAUCACCAUCGAUCUGCACCUCUUGAACGAAUUGACGCUGUCCGCGGACAAGUCGCGCAUCUCGCUUGGCCCGGGAAACACGUGGUAUGACGUCUACACGACGCUGGAGCCAGAGGGCCUUGCUGCUGUCGGCGGCCGCGUCGCGGCAAUUGGCGUCGGGGGACUGACCCUGGGAGGAGGUAUAAGCUUCUUUUCUGGUCUUUAUGGGUGGGCCUGCGACAACGUUGUGAACUAUGAGGUUGUUACUGCGAGUGGUCUCAUUAUCAACGUCAACCGUCAAUCCUACCCCGACCUCUACUGGGCGCUUCGCGGCGGCGGCAACAACUUUGGCAUCGUGACGCGCUUCGAUGUAGCCACUUUUCCUCAAGGUCUCAUGUGGGGCGGGGGACGGUUGUACUCGUGCGAGCACCGCUCAGCCAUCAUCGCGGGCUUUAUGGAAUUUGGCGCGAACGCGGCGACGGACACGAACGCAGCCGUGAUCCUGUCCUUUGCGUACGCCAACGGCUCUUUCCUUGCUGAGUUUGACAUGCAAUAUGCAAAGCCCGUCGUAAACCCGCGCAUCUUCGAGAACCUUACCCGCAUCCCUGACGCGCUCAAAGACACGACGCAGGUGCAGUCGCUGGCGGACCUGACGCUGCAGUUCAACCACUCGAACCCGUCGGGCAUGCGCGAGACGUACUGGGCCACGGCGUACAAGCUGGACCGCGCCCUCGUCGACGCCAUCCUCGACGUCUACAUGGCCGAGAUCGACCGCAUCGGCCACGUCGACGGCCUCGUCCCCGCCUGCACCCUCCAGCUCAUCACGAUCCCGAUGCUCGAGCACAUGGCCAAGAACGGCGGCAAUCCACUCGGCCUCGCGCCCGGCGACGGCCCGCUGCUGCUCAUGAACCUUAAUGCCCGGUGGACGCGUGAGGCCGACGACGCGGCCGUCCUGCGCGCCAAUGCGAACAUCGUGGCGAGAGUGGACGAGCGCGCCCGCGACCUUGGCGCUUAUCAUCCGUAUGUCUACAUGAACUACGCGUCGCAGUUCCAGAGCGUCAUCCCGAGCUAUGGCGAGCAGAACGCGCGCCGCCUCCGCGAUAUCGCCCGCAAGUACGACCCCGAGGGCGUGUUUCAGACGCUGCAGCCUGGGUACUUUAAGCUGGAUGGCGCCAAGACGAGCGAGUGGUAUUGA